UCGAGUCGCGCCGGUUCAGAUUCCACGAUUCGGGAAAGAUGCCCGCCGCGCGGACGCCCCCGAGACGCCGACUACGGCUGACCCCCGUGGCGGUGCUGCUCCUCGAGAUGCUCAGCUGCGCCCGCGCCUUCUCCACGUGCCAGUCCUUCGACCUGGACGACUACAAGUCGAAGCGGAUCGAGGCCGUGCGCGGCCAGAUCCUGAGCAAGCUGCGCAUUCGCGCGCCGCCCGAGAUGGACGCGAGCCUGCCGGAAGAGGUGCCGCUCGAGGUCAUGCUGCUCUACAACAGCACCAAGGAGCUGGCGAAGGAGCGCGCGCGCCAGGCCGAGACGGCGUGCGAGCGCGAGAGCAGCGAGGAGGACUACUACGCCAAGGAGGUGCAGCGCAUCGACAUGCUGCCGCCUCGAGUCGAUACGAAUGUGAUCAGCAGCGGACCUCCAAGCUUGUAUUUCCGGGUUGUAGGGUUCGAUGUUUCCCGGGUGAAGAGUAACUCCAGCAUGCUGGUGAAGGCAGAAUUCAGAAUAUUCCGUGUCCCAAACCCACAGGCCCGGGCUUUAGAGCAGAGGGUAGAAAUUUAUCAGCUACUCAAGUCCCGGGACCCAUCGGCCCCCAUGCAGCGAUACAUUGACUCUCGCACUGUGCGCCCACGUGCCAAGGGAGCAUGGCUGUCAGUUGAUGUCACGGACACCGUGAAAGAAUGGCUGACACACAGAGAUCGGAACCUGGGCCUGAAACUGAGUGUACACUGCCCUUGCUGUACUUUCAUCCCAGCCACCAACAACAUUGUACCCAACAAGACUGAGGAGCUGGAAGCUCGCUUUGCAGGCAUUGACGAUGAAAUGAUGAGGCAUCACAAGAAGCCAGAAGCAGUAAAGGGUCAGAUUGAGUUCAGCACCAAGACGCCCCACCUCAUUCUCACUCUGCUGCCCAGUGACAGGCUGGAAAACCCUGGCAAGAAGAACCGCAAGCGGAGAGCGGCAGCUGACACUCCUGCGUGCUCUAGAAAUGCGGAUCAGGGAUGCUGCCUGCGAUCCCUUUACAUUGAUUUCCGCCGUGAUCUGAAUUGGAAAUGGAUCCAUGAGCCCAAAGGCUACAAGGCCAACUUUUGUGCUGGAAACUGUCCUUAUCUGUGGAGUGCAGACAGUCACUACAACAUGAUCCUGCCGCUGUACAACAAGCUGAACCCAGAGGCGUCCGCAUCCCCCUGCUGCGUUCCCCAGGACCUGGAGCCCCUCACCAUUGUCUACUUCGUGGGCCGCAAUCCUCGAGUCGAGCAGCUCUCAAAUAUGGUCGUGAGGUCCUGCAAGUGCCGCUGACACGGGGCGCGCGGGGGGGGAGGAGAGCGCGGGCCGGGUGCGGGGCGCGAUGGAGCGGAAGGGGGGGGAUCGUGAGAUUACGUGAGGAGGAGAAUGGGACUGACUGCGAUAGCCGGAGAGGUUAGGGCUGGUGACCGUGGGAGAUGCUGCAACGGAAGCCUGCGCAGAGGCUCGACUUGCAACAGAAACAGGAGAGCGAGGAUAAACACGAGAUGAGGUAGAUAAGUAAUGCAGGUACAGGUGGGGACUUUUACAUAUCCUACCUCCCCUUGCUUGUUUUACUACCUCCCUUACGUUAACGCCGAAAGGUCAUUCUAUACAGCGCAAACAGAGUCCUCCUCCUCAUCAAUCAGACAAUUAAUUUCAAACAUUUUAUGUAUUAAAUACAUUUUAAAAUCAACUUAACUGGAAGUGCUGUCUUCUAAUGACCGAUGGGAAGAAUACGGUAUUCUUGUGUACUUCGAUAUUUUGGUAGCGGUAAAAAAGCACUGUAACUUUCAAUAAUACCUGUAGCAAGUAGUGAAUAGAAUUUCACUCUGUAGUCAUGGUUGGUAUAAACUUUUGUUCUUCUAGAUCAAACUUUAUGAAGCGGUAAAUAUGUUCAGUUUUCUUAUUCUAAUCAUGAGCAAACCAAGGUAAAAGCUUUAUUGCCAUGUAUAUUGUUUAUAGCUUUCUGUGUGUUUCCUCUGUACAGUUCCGGUGACGAGAAAUGCAAGAACGACUUUUUUUUUUGUGAUUCACACACACACAAUAUGCCUUGAAGUUUGUUUUAUACAUGCAAUGAUUUUUAACCCAACGACAGAAAUAAGGCUGAAUCUUGUGUGUAUUAUACGCUUCUCGGAUACUGUAAAUAAUGUAA